AUGUUGUUCCCACAUUUACACGAGUCUGCUGUCGUGAAACUGUGUGUGUGCGUGUGUGUGUGUGUGCGUGCGCGCUCUUUCAGAGGCAGUGUGGAUGGCAGCAGUUCUCCGGAGUGGCUGCUGGUGGAGCUUCAGGGAGAGGUGGUGUCCAGACACAACUCCGGCCUGGCAGGAAAUGUGAUGGGAGACCUGCUCUACACCAAAGAGGGGGUGCCAGUGCUGAUUGUAGGACAUCACAUCCUGUACGGGAAGCAGGUCAAACUGGAGAAACAUUUUGCCGUCCUCACCAAGCGUUCCGACCACGAGCAGGACGCCCGAGACACCAACGACGAUGAUGUCACACAGGUUCCUAUGGAAACGGACCAGCCGGGCUCCACCUCCAAGUCUUACUACGUGUCGGCCAUCAUCAAACGGAAGCUGAUCUUUAAGACUCGCCCCAAACCCAUCAUCACGAAUGUGCCCAAGAAGGUGUAGAGCGACUCACGUGGUCAGAGGUCAACAAACCCGACCCACUGAACCUUAUGUUGAUCACUGCUGUCGAAUCUUUGACCUGAUUCCAACGAGAGACAAAGAGACUCUCACAAGUUUUCCUGAGAUUCUUCUGGAAAAACCUAUGAACCAAAUGCUGUUUCAAAGGUUUUUGCAUUUUGAAAAAAAUAAUAUUCUGAAUAAAAUUGUAGUAAAAUAAAGAA